ACAUCCAAACCAGCAUUCUUGUGCUUGAUCUGCAUGGUGUUCGCUGCAUGGUGAUUGUCAAGAUACACUGAAUUCAAUAUGUAGAGCUGUUUCAAGAGCAGAAGCCUCACUUUUUUGUGGAUGACAUUGACAACGUCACAUUUUUGCUCCUGCAUACUCAUGGAAAGUGGUCCCUUUGCAUACUGGAGCCCAUGGAGCUUUGUCUUACUUACAUCAGAUUUGGAUGCUGCUCUUUAUGUACUAUAUUAGUGAAUGGAAUAAACAGCAGCUGGGUCUGAAGUGCCUAAGAUGAUUUGAAUGAGUUCCUCGUUACUUUGCUGUAUAUCUUCAGUUUCACCAAUGGAAUGUGAAGUGAGAAGAGCCCUAAACUGUCAGUUUUAUUCAGGAAGACUUUCUCAUGUUUUUUGGUGAUGCUUCUACCAUCAGUCCUGUCUCUAGGAUGAAUAUUUGAACAACCUUUGGUCUCGAAUCAAAAUGUCCCUCUGUGCGUCUUCUCACAAGGACUUUUCUCAGUUGCUGCCACUUCAGGAUGUUGGAUGCAAUAAGACAGAAAUUAAAAACUCACCUGCUGGUAUUGGCUCUCCAGUUCCCUACAGCUGUAAUCAGUCUGCAUUGACAACAGAACACAGUCCAAUCUACAUCCCUUCGUCUUAUGUGGAAAACAGGCAUGAAUAUUCUGCAGUGGCGUUCUGCAGUCCUGCUGUGAUGAAUUACAGCAUAGCCAGCAAUUUUGGUGAUUCUGAGAGUGCAUCUGUGAGGCAAACAUCGAGCCCAAACAUGUUAUGGUCUGCUCCUGGCCACCUCUCCCCUCUGACACUGCACUGUCAGUCAUCACUUCUGUAUGCAGAGCAGCCUAAGAGCCCGUGGUGCGAAGUGAGACCUCUUGAACCAGUGCUGCCCGUCACCAGAGAGACAUUAAAAAGAAGAACUAGUGGUGAUGACUGUACAAGCCCAAUUGCAAGUAAUCCUGGCUCAAAAAGAGACGCCCACUUCUGCGCAGUCUGCAGUGACUAUGCUUCAGGAUAUCACUAUGGAGUCUGGUCAUGUGAAGGCUGUAAAGCAUUCUUUAAAAGAAGUAUUCAAGGACAUAAUGAUUACAUCUGCCCAGCUACCAAUCAAUGCACGAUAGACAAAAACAGGCGCAAAAGCUGCCAGGCAUGCCGGCUACGGAAAUGCUAUGAAGUGGGAAUGAUGAAAUGUGGCUCAAGAAGAGAACGCUGUGGGUAUCGAAUCCUGCGCCGCCAUCGUAAUUCGGAGGAUUGCAUGGGCAAAACCAGGAAGUACAAUGAGGCUGCAACCCGUGUAAAAGAGAUCCUCCUCAGCACAGUCAGUCCAGAACAGUUUGUUUUAACUCUGCUUGAAGCUGAGCCUCCCAAUGUGUUGGUGAGUCGUCCUAGCAAGCCAUUCACUGAGGCCUCCAUGAUGAUGUCCCUGACAAAACUGGCAGACAAAGAGCUGGUUCACAUGAUUGGCUGGGCCAAAAAAAUUCCUGGCUUUAUUGAUCUCAGCCUCUAUGACCAAGUCAGGCUCUUGGAGAGCUGCUGGAUGGAAGUUUUAAUGAUUGGUUUAAUGUGGAGAUCAAUCGACCAUCCUGGGAAAUUAAUUUUUGCCCCGGACCUUGUACUAGACAGGGACGAGGGGAAAUGCGUAGAGGGAAUUUUGGAAAUCUUUGAUAUGCUCCUGGCCAUGACCUCGAGGUUCCGAGAGCUGAAACUGCAGCACAAGGAGUAUCUGUGUGUCAAGGCAAUGAUCCUCCUCAAUUCCAGCAUGUUUCCCUUGUCAGCAGAAGAACCCGAAAGCAACAGGAAACUGCACCACCUGCUCAAUGUGGUCACAGAUGCUCUGGUGUGGGUUAUUGCAAAGAGCGGAAUCCCCUCCCAGCAGCAAACAACUCGCCUGGCCAAUCUGUUGAUGCUGCUCUCCCACGUCAGACAUGCAAGUAACAAGGGCAUGGAGCAUCUGCUGAGCAUGAAGUGCAAAAAUGUGGUCCCAGUGUAUGACUUGCUGCUGGAGAUGUUGAACGCGCACACACUCCGAGGGCAAAAGAAGUCCCCAGUCACACAUCCUGAGUUUGAAUAAGUUUCACAUUUCCAGGUCUGAACAGAAGUACGGGGCUGCCCCAAUAUGCAGGCAAAUAUACUGCAAAUAUGCAGGCUGUCCCUAGCCUCCAUUUGCUGAAAGUUAUGGGAGAAAACUAAGCUGCUGUGAUGGGACUGCUGGAGCGUGACCUAGUGCCAGUCCUCAUCUCUUGUCGAUUCGCAAUGGGAUAUCUUGGGAAAAGAUUGCGAGGCGCACACCUCUGUCUGUUUCUGACAUUAUAAUGGCUGCACUUUUAUAGUGCCUUCUGUGAGACUCUUAAAAGCACCUUACGAAAUUAAGCCUCAGAACAGUCCUGCGAGACAGGGAAUUAUUGCCUCUCCUUUUUAAAAGCAAAUGAGACAAAAAGAUAAAGUGACCGGGUUGAGAUGACAGAGGUCUGUGUGGGGGCCAGGGGUCAGGGCCUCGCUCUCUGAGUCCCAGCCCAAUCCUUUUAAGCACUAACUGAUCUUUUUCAGUGUGAGGUGGUAUGAAAUAUACAGCAGCAGUAUUUGGGACAAAUCUGCUUACCUGUGUGUGCUGGGCACUGGGCAACGCUGCUUUGCAGGUGAUGUGCACAGUGGAAAGGAGUUUCCUUUGUUCUUAAAUAUGCAAUGGCUGCAUGGGCCCUCAUUUGAGGGCCAUUCUGAAUAACAUCUUGGGCUAGUUCGGAGCCUCUUCAGAAAUGCGAAACCAAGCUUACAUUUGCAUUCUAUGAGCAAGUUCUUAACACCCGUGCUAUUACCUGUGUACAAUUCUUCAGCGCUUUAAAGCAGCACAAAACUGCCCCCUUCUUUCAGUCAGUGCUGACUUUUGAAAUGUGUUCUGUCUGUGACAUGAAGAUGUUGUUUUAUAUAUUUAUUAAUGGUGUUAAAUCUAUUAUAACAUUUAGGUACAAAAGGUUGCUGUGUGAAUAUCGUGUGCGUUCAUACGUGCUCUGCCAACCGGGGCUUGUGAGAUCAGUGGGGAAACGCCUGCAUUCCCUCCCCUUUUUUGACUGCCUGUGCGUCUGAGUCCUGCCCGCCCCAACCAUAGGGGUGGGGAAUGGGAGGCUGAGCUGGGCUGCUGCCCUCAGGUUUGCUGCUUGCUGGUUCUCCAAGCGCGUGAGACCUGAAGCUGUUCCAUAUUUUGUGCAGGAUCCUUCAGAAGUUUGUUUGACAGGUGCGAGGGCUUGUUUGAAUUGAAUGUCACUUGGGAUGCAGGCUGAGGCCUCCCUGUGUGCUGCCUUCUGCAUGUGUUUAAGACCCGCUAAGGAAAAUAAAGAAGGGAAAUAGCUCAGCUGACCACCUCAGCGAAGAGCAGAAUGGCACCAUUCGUUCCAGUCACUGCCAGUAUUGCAUUUUGAUGUGAGCUACAAUUGCAGUUGCUAUCAGUGGAAGUGUUUUACUAUAAUACAUGCGUGGUUUUGGCAUUGCGGGUGUGGUGACAUUAAACUGGGACUACCCCAAAAGUCCAUUUGGAGCCUAAGUCUUUUGGAUGAGGGACUUUGCGCUGUUCCCCCUUUGCAUGCUUUGAGUAUCUUGAAGACCCUUGAUCCUGGUGUUUUUUGAAGCCCAGGACAGUAUUUUUUAUAGGAGGGGCAUCAAGCAUUGUCAGUGAGUUGCACAGAUCUCUUGUCCUGUUUUUGAUCUUGUACUAUACCAGAUGCUGCUGCUGUCUCAAUUUUUACUGGCUACCUUUCUAUUGUUUAUAAGAAAUGUAAUAUAGCAGUGCCCUGCUAAAAUAUUUAAUAUUUACUACAAAAAAAAAAAAAAAAGGAAAAAAGAAAAAAAAUGUAAGUACAGUCUUGAAUUCAUUGGCUCCUUAUUCAUUUUGAGGGAAGUUUUGCUGUGAGAAGAUAUCUUUGGCUGCCAUCACCUCCCAGCCUUCCCGCUUUGUAGUGUUCUUUCUCUGAUUUUCCUUUUCCUGUGUAUUUAUUUUGUUCAAUACAAUUUUUCAAAGAAACAUUGAAGUGCUAUUUUUUGUUUCUCUAUAAAAGCGCCGAGUUUAUGUGCACUCCUGAAGCAAAUGUCUGGGAAACUGGGAAAGAGUGGGUAUCAGUCAUACAACAAAUGUCUAAAUGCCAAUUUACUCUGGAUUGAUGCAGAAGGGCGGUGCUGCAGAUUUGUGCCAUGCUGUGAUUCACACGUUUCUACUCACAGUCUAAAAGGGAACAGGAUGUGAUUUCAACAGAUUUUGUUUCGUUAAGCAUUGUUUUAUUGAAAGCUACUACCAGUGUUUUAAAAUGGGCAAAACCCAAUAGCUGCCACAUCUGUGGAUUGAUGUUCAUGUUUGCGUAAAGAGGGAGGUGCACGGCACAGCUGAUAAACAAGGACCUUGUGAUAAGGCAAUGAACGCUGACUCCUGAGUAAGAUGCUGUGUUAACCGUGGGUCUGUAUCCCACAGAUCUUCUCAUGUACUGCAGCCCAGGUGAGGAGAACAUCCGUGUCCAACCCAGGCCUGAGCAGAGCUGUUGGUGCAUUUCAGCUCCUGUAUAGCGAGCAUCUCCAUGUCCAGCAGGAAAGAACGGAGCUGAGGAGCUACAGAGGCCCAUCAGGAGGUGAGAAUGCGGCUGCUCUGCAGCAUCCCUUCCCUGCUGCACAUCAGCAUCUGCCACAGAGUGGGACUGGGCCAGAGGUGGUUGUUUCUGCCUGAAUUGUGCUGCAGUUCUGGGAGCUGCGAUGAGGGUGUCAUGUAUGAUUCAUCUCCAGGAAUGCUACACCUUUUCCAGAGCUCUGUGUUUUUGCAAAUUACAUUUGGUGCUGCCAGAGGGGAGAAGAUGAGUGGGAAAGUCCUCCCUUGAGACAGUGCCUGAUAGACUGGAUGCUCCUAUGAAACAUGCAGGAAAGCAAGACAGAUAGCACAUACUGUCUGUAUAAAUAUGGCUAGGGCCAUAUCUAGGGAACCUGCUUGAGCUGGGGGUUGGACGAGAUGCUCCAGAGGUCCAUUCCAACCCCUACAGUUCUGUGAUUUUUUCAGUUAACUCCUUACUGAUUGAAUGCUAUACAGGGAACACUGUGAUGAGCGGAGAGCAUCCUUCUAACUGCCGGAAGUUUUUGCUUUCCCCUUGAUGGCAUGUUGAGAUUCAAAGACAUUUACUGUGUUUGCAUCAUUAGAGUGGUUUAAAGAGCUCCUAGAAAUGCAGUGAGUCUUUGGAAAGUUGCCUCUUUAUCCUUUUGAACUGUUACCAGUGGUCAGCUUUAUUUAAGGUAAGAAUUAUUGUUUUGUUUAGACAUCACUGGAGAAUAUAUAGUUUAGAUUUGCUGACAGAGGAUGCCAAAUAUAUGUGUACAAACAGGCACAAAAGAUUCAGAGGGCAGCUCAGCCUGAGCACACUGAUACUGCUGAAGGCCCAUGGGUGUGAUGGGGUUCUUUAGAGGCACAGCACUGCUCUGCUGCAGGAUAUUCCUGGCACCUUUGGGUCCCAACUACACAGAAAGCAAGCCUGAGCUUUUUACUUUGGGCUAGACACAAAUGGCUUCUAAAAGCAGGGCCAGAGCCUGCUUUUGUGUCCAAGGUUGUUCUUUCUUGUCUGAGUGAUAGAAAAUAGCUGUGCACUGAUCUAACAGUGUUCUUUCUUAGGCUGUGCUUUAUCCCUCAUAUAUUAAAAAUGUGGUUGUUCUUAAGAAGCCUAUUUUAAUCUUAGCACUGAGAAAUCGUGGCAGAAAAAGAGGCAACUCUCUCCCCUCCCCAUCCUUUCCCAUGAAGGUAAAACUGCCAAUGGCAAACACGUUGCUUGUACCUUGACAGCUGAUGAUUAAAGCAAGGUAUGGAUGUGCACGGCUUCAUUUGAGAUGCCUUAAACUGAGUACAGUCUGAUGUCCUGUCACAGGAAUUACUGGUUUUUAAGGUUGAAUUUUGAUCUUCUGGCCAGUUCCCUGGAUGGUAGAAUAGCUGAGCUUGGCUGCUGUAAGCCAGCACAGCCAGGGACAGGAGUCAUGGACAUGCCUUGGCUGUUGUCACCAUUCUUCUAAGAAGAAAGUGUUGGACAUUAUUAUGUCCUGCAAGAUUAUAACUUGGCACAGUUAAGGAUGCAGUCGUAUAUUGUGCUGACCCAGUGCCUAAACUAACACUAAGGAUAGCUUUGUAAAUGGGAGUACGGAAAGCAAGUGGAUUGCUAAAAUGUAUUGUAAAUUAUUAUUGUUGGCAUUUUACUACUGAACUGAAGUGGUGAGUUAAAAGGCGUAGUAUGUUUCAUAGCCAAAGCUUCAUUUUAUUGAUGAUAUGGAUAUUUUAUAACUAUUGUUCCCUUCUUUUAGCACAGAGAUCACCUACACUAACGCUUUGUUGAGUGUCAGUGAUUUCUAUGUAAGUGCAUUAAAAGCAGACUGCAGUGGUAUAAAAUGCCAGCUUCUGCUGCUGCUGCCUGAACAAAUCUUUCUUUACUUGUCACAGUGCUGUGUAGUGAAGAGAUACUGUAUCCAUGAACAGUUGUUUCUGCAUGUUUCUUAUGUCUACUGCCGUAGAAUUUUCUGAGUCCUGCUUCCUACAUGGUGUUAGUUUCAGUAGUUUGUCCUCACCACAAGUCUGGAGUGGAAACAGUGUUAGGAGUGAAGUUGGCACCUUUUGUUCUAUGUCUGUAAUAUGGAUGGGAAAAACAAACAAAUCAACCUUUGUCCUGUCUCUCAGCUAUUUAGUUCUGUGAAUUUAAGGUAUUUUGCCAGUGAUGCACGCAUUGUUAAGUUGUGGACUGUUGUGGCUGAAUAAACCAGUAUCACGAAACCUAAA